AUGUCGGGCGUCCAGCCUAGAGAAGACUCUGGCUCCAGAGAAACGGUCUGUGAAUUCCUCCAAUGGAUAACGACCUUCCCCUUGGUAUACGCCCUGCUCCCAGACUGUCGUCAAGCUACAUACCAGCGCCUUUUCAGCAACCUUAAGAUCCAUGUUCAGCAACUUCUCAACCAGCCUCUCAACCCUGACAAGUUUCAAGUGGACUUAGAGAUGGUUGUUAUUCGAGCUGUUGAGCUUGAGUUUCCAGCCGCUGAGGUUAAGGGGUGCUUUUUUCACUAUAUGCAGGCCAUCUGGAGGAAGACGCAAGAACUCGGACUCGCUGUCAUGUACAGAGAAGAUCCUCUUGUAAAAGGUUGGGUGCGACGAGCUGCUGCUCUCCCACUUCUGCCUCUUCGGCAAGUUCAGGACGCUUGGCUAGACACCAUGAACUCCUCCCCUGACGUCCCUGGCUGCCAGACAUUCAACGACUACAUCACUACAACCUGGGUGGACGACGACGUUCGCUUUCCCUUGCCCAUGUGGAACCAUUAUGACACAUUCGGCCCCAGGACUAACAACAACAUCGAGGGGUUUCACAGUAGAUUGAAUGCUUCACUCAGUCAUUGCCAUCCAAACAUCUUCAGGUUUAUGGAAAUCAUCAAGAAAAUAGAGAAGGCAGAGAACACCAAGCUGUGCCAACUCGACUUGGGAGGCGCCCCUCGAUCGAGGAAACCCGUGUAUAGGGAAAUAGACAAUCGACUACAUAGACUCAAAGAUCAACUCGCCGAUGGAACGAAAAAUCACAUGCAGUAUCUUGAUGCAGUCGGCAAACUGCUGAAAAUAUGA